AGCUCCAGCUGACCUUGUCUUAGAUACUCUAGGCUGUGAGGUUCGCUGCGUUUUUUUGGGAACCAUGGCCAACUGCGGCUCGCUGCUCUUGGCCUGCUGCCUGGGGAUGGCAUCCAUGCACCUGGUCUUUGUCGCCCAGGGCUCGAUGGGAUCUGCUGCCCCGCAGACCCCCAACCAGGCCACAGGCACUCAACUGCCAGGAGCACCGGGCCUGGAGGAGAAUGGCGUGGCCCAGACCGCCCUGCGCUUCGGCGGCGGCCUGGUGCUUGGCUUGGUGCUGUUGGCUUGCGGAAAGCCAAGCUUUGCUGAUGUGGAGGAUGUGGUGAUCCCAGUCGACGACAAGGGCAAGACCACCACCUUGACCAAGGAGCAGGUCGUUCGAGGCAAGCGAUUGUUCAUCGCCUCCUGCGCCUCCUGCCACGUCGGCGGCGGCACCCGCACCAACCAGAACGUUGGCCUUGCCAUCGAGGAGCUGAGCGGUGCCACCCCAAACCGCGCCACUAUCGAGGGCCUGGUCGACUACCUGAACAACCCCACCACCUACGAUGGACUUAAGGACAUCUCAGAGGUUCACCCAUCCAUCAAGGGUGGUGACAUUUGGCCCAAGAUGCGCACCAUGAAGCAGCAGGACCUUUACGACAUGUCUGCCUACAUCCUGUACCAGAAUCAGACCAUCCCAGAGAAGUGGGGUGGAGGAAAGGUCUACUAUUAAGAUCAAUCCUAGCUGGGCUCAAGGGCCCCCCGGCUCAUUGGCCGUGGUUUUUCCCCACUCGCGUGGCAAAGCUGCCCUUGCACUGAGCGAGUGCCAGGCCCCCGCGCCGAGGAGACCAGCUGCGUUGAAGCUGCUUCGACGCACAUGGCAAAA